AUUAUGUUUUGACAAUUGACAUUGUCAAAUUCCAAUCUUUAACCUCCGUGAUUUGUGUACUGCUUCUGUGCAUUUUUUUCUAUUAUAAACAAAACUUGCGGUUUCUUAUUAUCGCAUUUUCCUUCAACAUGGUAGCGGAUAAUAAGAGGAAAGCCGAUGAAUCGGCUCUCGUGCCAGUGCAGAAGAAGUCGAAACAAGACGUGGCCCUCACUAGCAAGAACAAACAAGUCAGCCAGCUUCAGCCUGCCCCUGCACGUACGUCGAACCUUUUUGCCCCUAUUAUGGUCUGUGAGGGCCAUGAGGGCGAAAUAUUUUCGGUAGAUUUCCACCCCGAAGGACAGUACUUUGCCACAUCCGGUUUCGACCGCAAGAUAUUUCUAUGGGGCGUCUAUGGGGAAUGCGACAAUAUUUCCGUAAUGACUGGACAUACAGGAUCAAUAACGGAGCUGCACUUUACGACCGAUGGAGCCAACAUUGUGACUGCUUCUACCGACUACACGUUGGGGCUAUGGGAUAUUGUUACUGGGCAAAGAGUGAAGCGAUUCAAAGGACAUACAGCGUUCGCAAAUUGCGCACAACCCUCCCGAAGGGGGCCCCAGAUGAUCGUGUCAGGGGGUGACGACAGUACAGUCAGACUAUGGGACCAAAGGAAGAAACAAUGCGCCGGAACCAUGAACUCUGUUUAUCAAACAACGGCGGUUUGCUUUAACGACACAGCCGAGACUGUUUUCAGUGGAGGCGUCGACAAUGAUAUUAAGGUUUGGGAUACUCGCAAGAAGGAAAUCACUUACGCCAUGAAAGGACACACGGAUACAAUCACAGGAUUGGCGUUGAGCAACGAUGGCUCAUACUUGCUGAGCAAUUCAAUGGACAACACUUUGCGAAUUUGGGACGUCAGGCCCUUCGCUCCAGUGGAACGAUGCGUGAAAAUCUUCAGUGGACAUCAGCACAACUUCGAGAAGAACCUGCUGAGAUGUGCCUGGUCGCCAGAUGGCAAUAAGGUGAGCGGAGGCUCAGCUGAUCGAUUCGUGUACAUUUGGGACACCUCGUCCAGGCGAAUCAUCUACAAACUGCCUGGACACAGUGGCUGUGUGAAUAGCGUGGCUUUCCACCCCAACGAGCCAAUCGUUGUGUCAGUAGGAAGCGAUAAAAUGGUGUAUAUUGGAGAAAUUGAUUAGGUGUAUAGAGUUAGGCUGAACGUGAAGGAAUUGUAAUAAAACACACAUUUAACUUGUG